AUGUCGGAAUCGCUCAAGUCGUGGUUGUUCACAUUCACGGCGUCGCAAGCGUCGGUCGCGCAAUCGGCGAUGCUGGAUCUGUGCGAUCUUCCGUUUCUCAGCGGCAAUCGAGUGCAGCUUCUGCGCUUUCUCACGUACCCGGCAUCGUCCAAGUCGGCUUGUGACAUUUAUGCGCUUGUCGGUGAUCGCACACAUUGCAUUGCGGCGCGCUUCGGAGGCGCUCAGAUCGCGCGCUUCCACUCGACGCAUGCACCCUCAUUCACGUCUCUCAAGGGAGCGUUGCUGACGCUCACAAACGUACGCAUCACGGUUGCUCAGGUUCGAGUUCACACCAGCAUGUCCGGUGCGAUAUCGGGAGGGUAUUACGAUGGACAGUGGGCGCUCGUUCUGGAUGUAAGGGGAUGGGAGGUGGUCAGCAGCAUCAAAGAGCCUGUUUGGUUUAGUGGCGUAAAGCUGGUCACCAGUGAGAACCUGAUUCCCGAAGGCCAGGAGCAAAUGUAUCGAGUUAUGGUGGCAUGGAUGAAACGUUGGAUUCGAUAUGAGAUCUUGCUUCGCAAGGCCAACCAACGUCACAUCGAAGCCAGCCGAAUCCGCGCACUGGCAUCAGCAUCAGCAUCAGCAUCAGCAUCAGCAUCAGCAUCAGCAUCAGCAUCAGCAUCGGCCUCGGCCCAAGAAAAAUCCGCCGACGACCUACCGACACCUGCACAGAGAAACGGUACGGUCGCCAUCGUUGUCCCCAGCUCGCCCGCUCCGAUCGUGGUGCAAGCGUCGCCGACACAAGACGACAGCUUGGCGUCGAGCUCGAUUUCAACAACACAACAACGCGUUGCGCGCCAACUCGACUGCGAACGCGAAGCUCAAGUCGACUUGGCAGAUACCAACCGCACGCUGGAGCUAUGGUCAGAUUUCAACCUGGACGCCACCGUAGACGACAUCGCUCUCGAUGGCGGCAUUGCAAGCCAGUGGACACUCGCCCCAGCUGCAGCUGCGGCGCAAGUUGCGCAUUCUCCAUCCGCCCACGCUUUGUGCUCACAGCCGCCGCCACAGAAACCACGCGCAACCCGGUCCGAGUCCGCAGACCUCGACCCGAACGAGUCCGGCAUCUCGGACUACGAGCGCCAAUCACGACGAGAUCGACGAACAAGCAAGCGCGUACGGCGGUCCGAAACGACCGACGUCUUCGAGGCCGCAGAAAGCGUGACACAACGUGUGCUUGUGCAGGCUCAACCGGCAGAUGCGAGGCGGCAGCGCUCGAAGCGUACAAGCCAGCAAACUCUCGAUGAUGGACGCGUGUUGGAGAUGGAGCUUGAAAACGUUGAUUCAGGUGGUACGCGAGCGCACGACAAGACGGUUGUUGGAGAGGUGCAAGACGUGCAGGCCUUGACGUCGAGUGUCUCGGUGAGCGAGGUGUCUGCAACUACGCACGAGGCAGCAACCACAGUAAACACCACACACGCGCAUACGACCUCAAAGCCGCAUGCCAACGUGGCUGACACAAGCACGGCCACUGCCACCUCCACCAUCUCGGCCAACACCAAGAAACCCAGCAAACGACGUCUUCGACGACAAGCGGCUAUAGCUGCACUGUAA